CCGAAGACUUCCCGCUGCGAAGGGUCGCCUGAGGGUGAACGAGAAAGCAGCCCCCAUCCUGAAUUCUCGCCUUGACCAGGGGAGAGAAGCCCAGAGGAACCGAAAGCAGCGCGGGGGGCGGCCAGGACAGCCGGCACCAGCUCGGAGCCGCCGUUCUCAGCCCGGGAAGUUGCUGAGGGUAGGAGGCCGCCCCGACAGCGGACAGACCCAGCUUUGGCUGCGAGGGGCAGCAGAGGACAGAACCCAACUGCCGCCUCCCUUUAACCAGAGUAGUUUCUCCCUUCUCGGAGCGCAGCGAGCUACGGACGGGGACGCGGCACUCGAGUAGCGCGCGAGAAGGCACAGAGUCCCAGCUGCUGAGCCCCGAGCUCUUUAGGGUCUCUGGACUCCUCCCUGAGCUUCUAGCCUCGUUUCCCUCAGACUCUUGCUCGCAUCCUUGGAGUUGAGGGGAAGCGAGAGGAUCGAGGGCACGCCCAUCAGGUGGAAGAAGCCAUUCAAGACCAAGUACUAUUCGGAGCCUUUUCCCAUUUGGGGGGAAGUGAAGGGCGAGGCUGGGCCGGGGAGAGUAGGGAAACAAGUACAAACAGCCCUCCUCUGGCGGGAUGGGAGCCAUCGAGCUCUUGUGGCUGGUGCUACAGCUUUCAGCAGCAGCCUCGAGUUCCGGGACCGGGACCCGCGAGAGUGCUGGCCCACCGGCCAUGGGGGUGCCAAUGCAGCCCCGGGAGCCUCUCAGCCACUCGCGUCUGCAGAGGAAGAGCCUGGCAGUGGACUUUGUGGUGCCCUCGCUCUUCCGCGUGUACGCCCGAGACCUGCUGCUGCCGCCGCCGUCCUCUUCGGAACCGAGGGCUGGAUCGACGGAGGCGCGCGGCUCGCUGGCGCUCGAUUGCGCCCCGCUGCUCAGGCUGCUGGGGCUGCCGCCCGGGAGCGCCUGGACAGCAGGCUCCAGCUCGCCGGCCCCGGCCCGGACACUGUCCAGGGUGCUGAAGGGCGGCUCGGUGCGCAAGCUCCGGCGCGCCAAGCAGCUGGUGCUGGAGCUGGGCGAGGAAGCGAUCCUUGAGGGCUGCGUCGGAACCCCGGAGGAAGAGGCUGCCGGGCUGCUCCAGUUCAACCUCAGUGAGCUGUUCAGCUGGUGGAUUCACCACGGCGAAGGGAGGCUGCGCAUCCGCCUGAUGCCCGAGAAGAAGGCGUCGGAAGUGGGCAGAGAGGGAAGGCUGUCCGCAGCAAUCCGUGCCUCCCAGCCCCGCCUUCUCUUCCAGAUCAUCGGGACCGGUCGCAGCUCCUUGGAGUCACCAACAAACAUGCCUUCUCCUCCUCCUGAUUCUUCUGCGUGGAAUCUAACCUGGAUAAUGAAAGAUUCCUUCCCUUUCCUAUCACACCGCAGCCGAUAUGGUCUGGAGUGCAGCUUUGACUUCCCUUGCGAGCUGGAGUACUCCCCUCCCCUGCACGACCACGGGAACCACAGCUGGUCCUGGCGCCGCGUCCCCUCCGAGGAGGCCUCUCAGAUGGACCUGCUGGACGGGCCGGAGGCAGAGCACGCUAAAGAGAUGCCCAGAGGCUCCUUCCUUCUCCUCAACACCUCAGCGAACUCCAAGCACACCAUCCUGAGCCCGUGGAUGCGGAGCAGCAGUGAGCACUGCACACUGGCCGUCUCGGUGCACAGGCACCUGCAGCCCUCUGGGAGGUACGUCGCCCAGCUGCUGCCCCACAACGAGGCUGGACGAGAGAUCCUCCUGGUUCCCAGUGCGGGCAAACACGGCUGGACCGUGCUGCAGGGAAGAGUUGGGCGCCCAGAGAACCCAUUCCGAGUGGCCCUGGAAUACAUCUCAAGUGGAAACCGAAGCCUGUCUGCGGUGGACUUCUUUGCCCUGAAGAACUGCAGCGAAGGGACGUCCUCGGGCUCCAAGAUGGCCUUGCAGAGUUCCUUCACAUGCUGGAACGGGACGGUCCUCCAGCUCGGGCAGGCCUGCGACUUCCACCGGGACUGCAGCCAGGGAGAAGACGAGGGCCAGCUAUGCAGUAAACUCCCUGCUGGUUUUUACUGCAACUUCGAAGAUGGCUUCUGCGGCUGGACCCAAGAUACACUCUCGACCCACACACCCCAGUGGCAGGUCAGCACCUUAAAGGAUGGACGGUUCCAGGACCACCAAGGCCAUGCCCUGUGGCUCAGCACCACUGAUGCCCCCACUUCUGAAAGUGCUACACUGACCAGCGCCACGUUUCCAGCACCAAUGAAGAACUCUCCAUGUGAGCUCCGAAUGUCCUGGCUCAUCAGUGGAGACCUAAGGGGAAACCUCUCUUUAGUGCUGGUAGAGAACAAAACUGGGAAGGAACAAAGCAGGAUGGUCUGGCAUGUGGCCACCAAUGAAGGCUUGAGCCUGUGGCAGUGGACAGUGCUGCCUCUCCUCAACGUGUCGGACAGGUUCUGGCUGCAGAUCGCCGCAUGGUGGGGAAAAGGAUCCAGAGCCACCGUGGCUUUUGACAAUAUCUCCAUCAGCCUGGAUUGCUACCUAACCAUCAGCGGGGAGGACAAGAUGCCACAGAAUGCAGCCCCCAAAUCGAGAAAUCUGUUUGAAAGAAACCCAAACAAGGAACCGAAACCCUGGGAAAAUUCACCCAGAGAGACCCUCAUCUUUGACCCUACAGUUCACUGGCUGUUCACCACGUGCGGGGCCAGCGGGCCCCAUGGCCCCACGCAGGCCCAGUGCAACAACGCCUACCGGAACUCCAACCUGAGUGUGGUGGUGGGCAGCGAGGGCCCCCUGAAGGGCGUCCAGAUCUGGAGGGUGCCAGCCACCGACACCUACAGCAUCUCGGGCUACGGAGCCGCCGGCGGGAAGGGCGGGAGGAACACUAUGACGCGCUCCCACGGCGUGUCCGUGCUGGGCAUCUUCAACCUGGAGAAGGACGACUCGCUGUACAUCCUGGUCGGGCAGCAGGGGGAGGACGCCUGCCCCAGCGCAAACGAACUAAUCCAGAAAGUCUGCAUUGGAGAGAACAACGUGAUAGAAGAAGAAAUCCGCGUGAACAGAAGCGUGCACGAGUGGGCCGGUGGCGGCGGAGGUGGGGGCGGAGCCACAUACGUGUUUAAGAUGAGGGACGGCGUGGCAGUGCCCCUGAUCAUCGCAGCCGGCGGUGGCGGCAGGGCCUACGGGGCCAAGACAGACACCUUCCACCCUGAGAGGCUGGAGAACAACUCCUCGGUUCUGGGGCUGAACGGCAAUUCCGGAGCCGCAGGUGGAGGAGGUGGCUGGAAUGAUAACACUUCCUUGCUCUGGUCUGGAAAAUCUUUGCUGGAGGGUGCUGCUGGAGGACAUUCCUGCCCCCAGGCCAUGAAGAAGUGGGGGUGGGAGACAAGAGGGGGUUUCGGAGGGGGUGGCGGGGGGUGCUCCUCAGGUGGAGGAGGCGGAGGAUACAUAGGGGGCAACGCAGCCUCAAACAAUGACCCCGAAAUGGAUGGGGAGGAUGGGGUCUCCUUCAUCAGUCCACUGGGUAUCCUGUACACCCCGGCUUUAAAAGUGAUGGAGGGCCACGGGGAAGUGAACAUUAAGCAUUACCUCAACUGCAGCCACUGUGAGGUGGACGAGUGCCACGUGGACCCAGAGAGCCACCGGGUCAUCUGCUUCUGUGAUCACGGGACAGUGCUGGCCGAGGAUGGCGUCUCCUGCAUUGUGUCACCCACCCCAGAGCCCCACCUGCCGCUCUCGCUGGUCCUCUCCGUCGUGACCUCUGCCCUCGUGGCCGCCCUCGUCCUGGCUUUCUCCGGCAUCAUGAUCGUGUACCGCCGGAAGCACCAGGAGCUGCAGGCCAUGCAGAUGGAGCUGCAGAGCCCCGAGUACAAGCUGAGCAAGCUGCGCACCUCGACUGUCAUGACCGACUACAACCCCAACUACUGCUUUGCCGGCAAGACCUCCUCCAUCAGCGACCUGAAGGAGGUGCCCCGGAAACACAUCACCCUCAUCCGGGGUCUGGGCCAUGGUGCGUUUGGGGAAGUGUAUGAAGGUCAGGUGUCGGGAAUGCCCAGCGACCCGAGCCCCCUGCAAGUGGCUGUAAAGACGCUACCAGAGGUGUGUUCAGAACAGGACGAGCUAGAUUUCCUCAUGGAAGCCCUGAUCAUCAGCAAAUUCAACCACCAGAAUAUCGUGCGCUGUAUUGGGGUGAGUCUGCAAGCCCUGCCUCGGUUUAUCCUGCUGGAGCUCAUGACAGGUGGAGACCUCAAGUCUUUCCUCCGGGAGACCCGCCCUCGCCCGAAUCAGCCCUCCUCCCUGGCCAUGCUGGACCUUCUGCACGUGGCUCGGGACAUUGCCUGUGGCUGUCAGUAUUUAGAGGAAAACCACUUCAUCCAUCGGGACAUAGCUGCUAGGAACUGCCUCUUGACCUGUCCAGGUCCUGGAAGGGUGGCCAAGAUUGGAGACUUUGGGAUGGCCCGAGAUAUCUACAGAGCAAGCUACUACCGAAAGGGAGGAUGCGCAAUGCUGCCAGUUAAAUGGAUGCCCCCAGAGGCCUUCAUGGAAGGAAUAUUCACUUCUAAAACAGACACCUGGUCCUUUGGAGUGUUGCUGUGGGAAAUAUUUUCCCUUGGGUAUAUGCCGUACCCCAGCAAAAGCAACCAGGAAGUUCUGGAGUUCGUCACCAGCGGCGGACGGAUGGACCCACCUAAGAACUGCCCUGGGCCUGUGUACCGGAUAAUGACUCAGUGCUGGCAACAUCAGCCGGAAGACAGGCCCAACUUUGCCAUAAUUUUGGAGAGGAUCGAAUACUGCACCCAGGACCCGGAUGUGAUCCACACCGCCCUGCCUGUGGAGUACGGCCCCCUGCUGGAGGAAGAGGAGAAGGUGCCCAUGAGGCCCGAGGACCCCGAGAGAGCGCCACCGCUCCUGGUCUCUCCUCAGCAAGGCAAGCGGGAGGAGGCGCGCGCCCCGGCCGCCCCCGCGCCGCUGCCCGCCGCCGCCUCGGACAAGGCCGGGAAGAAGCCCCCGGCGGCGGCGGAGCGCUCGGCGCGCGGCCCCGGGGGGCCCGCCUUGGAAGGCGGCCACGUCAACCUGGCUUUCUCCCAGGCCCACCCGCCGCCGGAGCUGCGCAGAGCCCAGGGAUCCAGGAACAAACCGACCAGCCUGUGGAACCCGACCUACGGCUCGUGGUUCACGGAGAAACCCGCCAAAAAGAACAGUCCUCUGGCAAAGAAGGAGCCUCCCGAGAGGGGCCGCGCGGGGCGCGAGGGGAGCUGUACUGUCCCCCCCGGCGCCUCCCUGCUCCUGGAACCGUCCUCGCUGACCGCCAGCAUGAAGGGGGUGCCUCUGUUCAGGCUGCGCCACUUCCCCUGUGGAAACGUCAACUACGGCUACCAGCAGCAGGGCCUACCUUUGGAGGCCGCCGCCGCGCCCGGAACGGGCCAUUACGACGCCGCCCUGCUGAAAACCAAGCGCAGCGGGAGCCAGCCCGGGCCCUGAGCCGCGCCCGCCGAGCAGCCGGGGCGCCGUGCCCCCAACCAAACGUCACCUUUCAUUUUGUGCCAACUUGUUUUGAAGUGCCACAUUAAAAAAAAAAAGCUGUAUUUUCAAAAUGCUUUAGAAAAGUUUUGAGCAUGGGUUCAUUCUCUUCUUUCGAAAGAAGAAAAUAUACAAACGAGGGACAAGCCUAAGGCCCAGAUUCGGCCGCAUCCGGUUUUUAUGCAUGGUUGUUGUACACUUCCUAAUGCUUCCUUUAAAAUGUGUGUGCUCUGCUCCAGCGUAGUCAGAAUUAGCUGCUGUGUGUGUCCUAGUUGGGGUCACAGGAGUUUCCCUAUCUUGUUGAUGUGGACAUGAACCAUAUGAGGGGAGUGGGAAUAAGAAUAAAGGAUUCUUUGUACUGAUUCAGCAUGGGGAGAGAUUUUCUUCAUUUGGGAAAGAAAAAUCAUGGACAACUGAAACUUCACCUUGAUGCUUUCAAUUGUGGCGAUUCAUCCGACGAUUGUAAAAUCGUAAUGAAUAGUUUGGGUAGUAUAGAGAAAAUGUGUAGAUAUCCAUCUAAAGGAAAUGCAGGCAUUCCGAGAGCUUUGUGUAUAAAAUGCCAGUACGCGUCCAGAGAGUCAAACAUCCUGUUAAUAUACCUCAUGCCUUAAGAAUACCCUCCUACUAAAAGCGUGAAACUGAGUGUGAGGUUUCCUACUGAUUCAAAACUAAAGAUUUAAAUUAGGAAGUACUUACUUACAUGAAGCAUAGAAACAUACCCAUUUAUGGGCAUAAGUGUCAGUAUGUUUUAGGCCAAAAUCUUCUAAUAGUUUCAGUUAUGAAACCUGCCAAAUUGAAGUGUUUCUACUUGUAGCGAAUGACCAGGUCAUCGGAAUAGAAGGCCCUCCGAUGACCUUGAGAAGAAUUUCUAAUGCAGUAUCUUUCCUUCCAAUGUUUACCCUGGUUUUCUUGCCCUUAAUUGAGUGAUCUAGUAUACAUGGGAACACAGAUUGGCUGAAAUAUACAGAGCAUAAAUUGUGUGGCUAUCAAAUGCAAAUUAAAGCAAAGAAUUUUUCCUCUGUGUAGCAAUGAACAAAGGAAUUAAACACUUGGAGUGUUGAGGUUGACUUGUAACUGCAGGAGUCCUGAACUUGGUUUGCACAGAUGAAAUUUAUUUCCAUGAAACUGACUUGGGAAUCUGUUAAAUUUUACAAAUGUACUAAUUCAAUAAUGCUUUGCUUUUUGUUAUCAAUGAGUUUCCACUUCAUUCUUUUUUUCUGCUUUUCCUCCAUUCCCAUGCCCCAUUUUCUUUCCUGGUAGUAGCUGUGCCAAAGAAUCACUUUGGAAGGAAAACAUUUUGUAGUCCUUACUAGGCACUGCGAAAUUCUCAAGCAAAAGGAUUUGAUUCCCUGUCCUGUGUAUGUAUAUGUGUAUGUACAUACACAUACAUAUAUACACAUAUACACACACACACACACACAUACCGUCUUCUAGUUUUAAAUAGGUCAAAAUUUUAUCUAAAUCAAAAGCAUCACUUUGAAUGUGGGAAAGCCAUUAUGUCCCAAGCCAACACUGGACAACUGUUUGUUUCCUGUAAUGCAGUCCCCUUUCCCGGAGUUGCUCAUUGUGUACAUCUGUAGAAACAUUAAUACCCUGGGGACCACUUUCUUUACCUGCUUAACUGCCAAAAAUAUUUUCAUCAAACACACAUGAAGAUGAAAUAUCAAUGAACUCACCUCUAAAUAACUAUACCAGUGAAGUUUUGCUUCAUGCCAAGCUCAUAAGUAAAUAGUAUAAUUACAUAAACAUUUAUCUAUGUCACUAACCACCUGAAGGAGAGCAAGAAUUGCACUUUGAGAAACACUCUCCUAAAGGAUAAUGACAGAGAAGCUGUCAAAAACUGAGAAAAACAAAUUCAUUUUAUAUUUGUCACACCAGUAACCAAUUAAACAGAGAGAGUGCUACGUGGUUAGCUAACUCUUUACUGUUAUUAAUGACAAAAAGAAAAAAAAAACCUUAACCCUUUCUAUUCUUAAAAGCUAUAAAUCCAUUACAUUUUCAGGUUGUGCCUUACUACCAUGGAGAUUGAUUUGUUGAUUUAUCCUAAUCGUCUGUAUUAAUAUCAAUUUUCAUGUAAAUGAUAGUCAAAUCUUAAAAGCCUGUAUAUGUGGAUAAGGAAAUAAACAACUCCACAUGGAGAUAUGAUGACCUCAA